CCGCGGGUUGGACAGCAAGGCCCUCCGGGGUGUGGCCGCCCCGCGCCCCGCCCCGGGUCCCUCCUUCGCCGGCGCUCCCGGGGCGGGUGGUCGCUCCAGAUCUCGGCUUCCGCCGCCCAGUCGACACCGCCGCCGCCCGGCCCCGCCAGCCUCCCGGACCAUGGCCAACCUCGAGCGCACCUUCAUCGCCAUCAAGCCGGACGGCGUGCAACGCGGCCUGGUGGGCGAGAUCAUCAAGCGCUUCGAGCAGAAGGGAUUCCGUCUUGUGGCCAUGAAGUUCCUUCGGGCCUCUGAAGAACACCUGAAGCAGCACUAUGCUGACCUGAAAGACCGCCCAUUCUUCCCUGGACUGGUGAAGUACAUGAACUCAGGCCCUGUUGUGGCCAUGGUCUGGGAGGGGCUGAAUGUGGUGAAGACAGGCCGAGUGAUGCUUGGGGAGACCAAUCCAGCGGAUUCUAAACCAGGCACCAUUCGUGGGGACUUCUGCAUUCAAGUUGGCAGGAACAUCAUUCAUGGCAGCGACUCAGUAAAAAGUGCUGAAAAAGAAAUCAGCUUGUGGUUUAAGCCUGAAGAAUUGGUUGACUACAAGUCCUGUACUUAUGACUGGGUCUAUGAAUAAGAGGUGGACAAAGCAGCAGUCCCCUUCAACACUGCUUGGUGUGUCCCUGGACACAGAUCUUCAUUCCACUGACUUGGAAGCAAUAGGGUUGAUUUUUCUUUUCUAAAGCAUAUUUACCAAUAAAGCCGUUGGGAACUGG